CCUCCCCCCAACGUCACUUCCGAGGCUGGAGACAAAAUGGCGUCCGGACGGUGCCGGAGCUGAGGCCGUUCCGCGCCUCUCCGAGCCGGGCCGCGGGUGGAGGAGGACGAGGAGGAGGAGGCGGCGGUGGCCUCGCAGGGCUCGUGUGAUCAGAGGAGUUCCUUUGUCGUGUGUCUCUUCUCAGAAGGCAACCGGAAUUCAAAAUGAAUCAGUGCCCUUGUCAUUUCAUUCACUGUUGACAAGUUGUAGUGCCAGAACACAACUGAGCCUGCGGUUGUAGUGGAGACCUUAGCUGAUGUACCUGAGCACGUGCUUCGGGGGCUGCCGGAGGACGUCAGGCUCUUCCCAUCUGCUGUUGACAAGACCAGGCUUGGUGUCUGGGCAACAAAGUCAAUUUUAAAAGGGAAGAAAUUUGGGCCUUUUGUUGGCGACAAGAAAAAAAGAUCUCAAGUUAAGAGCAAUGUAUACAUGUGGGAGGUGUAUUACCCAAACUUGGGGUGGAUGUGUGUUGAUGCAACUGACCCAAAGAAAGGGAACUGGCUGCGAUAUAUAAACUGGGCACGCUCAGGAAAGGAGCAAAACCUGUUUCCUCUGGAGAUCAACAGGACCAUAUACUACAAAAGUUUAAAGCCAAUCGCGCCCGGCGAGGAGCUGUUGGUGUGGUACAAUGGGGAGGACGACCCGGAGAUAGCCGCCGCUAUUGAGGAAGAGCGAGCCAGCGCCCGGAGCCGGCGGCACUCCCCGAAAGCCAAGAAAGGAAAGAAAAAGACUCAGGAAAGUAAAAACAAGGGGAGGAAGGCAACAGAUACAAAGCAGAAAAAGACUGAUUUGGAUUCUUCAGCAGAUAUGAGGGAUUCUAAAGAGGGUCACAAAGAAGAAGAUGAAAAGCCUUCUGUUUCUGCUGUGCUGUCCCUGGAACAAACGGCUGUGAUUCAGGAGAUGGUAAAUCAAGAUGUACUUCCAAAGCUGAUGAUUCCCAGUCCUGCCAGUGAACUGCAAAUAGUGACCGAAGAGAAACAAGAAGAAGCAAUAAACUGUGCAUCAGAUGAUUUAGAUGAGGAUGAAGAAGAAGAGGAUGAAGAAGAGGAAGAGGAGGAGAUGGAAGAUACCAACAUGCCUAAAGAAAAUGCUGAAAUGCCUUUGAUAUGUGAAGAAAAGUUAGACUCUAUGGAAGAGCAAAAGAGUACAUCAGAGGAAUCUCCAGAAAGCUCUCCAAAGAAACUUGUGGUGAAAAUUCCAAAAGCAAGAGGUGAAUCAAAUGGUGAUGUUCAGGAAACAUUCAUGUUUCCUUGUCAGCAUUGUGAGAGGAAGUUUACAACCAAGCAAGGACUUGAACGCCACAUGCACAUUCAUAUAUCUACUGUUAACCAUGCUUUCAAAUGUCGAUACUGUGGGAAAGCCUUUGGUACUCAAAUUAACAGACGGAGGCAUGAACGUCGCCAUGAGGCAGGGCCAAAAAGGAAACCAUUCUUAACACUAACAUCAUCACAACACUUGGACAAUGUUGCUGAUAAUGAAGUAAUUGUGAGUGAUGGUCUUAAAGACGACUUGAACGUUUCCGAUCUUGUGCAAGACUCUGUCGUCUUGGAUUCUGAGAAAGCCUCCCAAGAAAUGUCAAACUCUGCUUUUGCUGAGGAAAAUAAGGAGCCCAAAGAAUUGCAUCCGUGCAAAUACUGCAAAAAGGUUUUUGGAACUCACACCAACAUGCGCAGACAUCAGCGCAGGGUUCAUGAGCGUCAUCUUAUUCCCAAAGGUGUCCGAAGAAAAGGAUACUUCCAUGAAGAACCACCGCUUCAAACUGAGCAGGCCCCACCAGUGCAGAGUGUAUACAUAGCAAGUACUGAAAUAGAAGAGGAAGGUGAAAUAGAUGAUGUCUAUAUUAUGGAUAUUUCCAGCAAUAUCUCUGAAAACUUAAAUUAUUACAUUGAUGGUAAAAUUCAGUCCAACAGCAGCACUAGUAAUUGUGAUGUGAUUCAGAUGGAGUCCAACUCUGCAGACUUGUAUGGACUGAAUUGUAUCAUCAGUCCGGUCACGGUGGAAAUUUCCUCAAAUAUAAAGAUUACGCAAACACAGGUGAAUGAACCUCCUAAGGAGCCCUCUGGCAGUGGGAGCAAUGAAUGCAAAAAGAGGAGAACUGCCAGCCCUCCUCUUGUACCAAAAAUAAAAACUGAAAUAGAACCAGAACCUAUAACUCCUACCAGUUCUUUAAAUCUUCCUCUUAGCAUUUCAACAGAGAGCUUAACUUUUCAUAAAGACAAAAGCGUUUAUUUGUCAUCAAAAUUAAAACAGCUUCUUCAGACGCAGGACAGUAAGAAGAUAACUCCAUCAAGUGAAAUCCCGAAGCUAGGACCUUCUGUUGCAUCAUCAUCUAUUUUGCCUCCGGUAUCCAGCAGAUUUAAAAGAAGGACCAGCUCUCCUCCCAGUUCUCCACAACACAGUCCAGUACUUCGAGAUUUUGUCAAAUCAGGUGAGGGAAAAACUGCGUGGAAUGAUAAUCUUCGAAGUUCAAAAAUGCCAAAGUUAGAAAGCCACAGCAACUCGCCUGCUUGGAGCUUAACUGGAAGAGAGGAGAGAGAGGCUGUGAGCCCUCUUUGCUUCGAAGACUUCAAGACAUCAAAAGACUGGACAGUGGCUCCAGCUUUUGGCAAUGUAUGCAACCAGCAGCCCCUGGAUUUGUCAAGCGGUGUAAAACAAAGGUCUGAUAUCAAAAAUAAGAAUCAGGUUCCUUGGGAAUCUGUAUUAGAUUUAAGUGUGCAUAAGAAGCCUUGCGGUGAUGCUGAAAUUCGGGAAUACAAAGAAAAUUCCAUUCAGCCAACCUGUAGUGGUGUUAAAAAGAAGAAACCAACCACUUGCAUGUUACAGAAGGUUCUGCUGAAUGAGUAUAAUGGAAUGGAUGCAGCCACAGACAGCACGCCCAGUGUGAACAGAAGCCCAAGCCCAAGCAAGUCCCUGGAGUCUCAGGCAGAACCAGACACAGACCCCAGUCUGUCUGCAUCGUCUUCUGUUGACACUCAGCCCCUUAGUUCCUCUGUUUCUCUUGUGCCACACACAUCUGCUGUACCUUCCAUGUGUCAGCUGCCUCCUUUGUUAACACCAACUAAUCCUCCUUCCCCACCACCCUGCCCGCCUGUGUUAACAGUAGCUACGUCACCUCCUCCCCUUCUUCCAACAAUGCCUUUAUCGAUUCCAGAUGCUUCCGCUAGUGCCACUAACACUUCUUCUUGCCCAUCGCCACUUUCUAACACUACUACCCAGUCUCCACUACCAGUUCUUUCACCUACGGUGUCUCCUUCUCCAUCUCCCGUUCCUUCAGUUGAGCCGCUCAUUUCUGCUGCUUCGCCUGGUCCUCCUACUCUCUCUUCCUCCUCUUCUUCCUCUUCCUCAUCCUCCUCCUUCUCUUCCUCUUCAUCAUCAUCAUCUCCAUCUCCCCCUCCCCUUUCAGUGGUUUCUUCUGUUGUUUCCUCUGCGGAUAACCUUGAACAUACUCUCCCAAUAAUAAAACAGGAGGAAACUGAAAAUGAGCAGAAGGCGAGAGAAGAUCCUCGUACUUCAAGUGAAUCGGGAGUAGUGCAGGAGACAUUCAAUAAAAGCUUUGUGUGCAAUGUCUGUGAAUCACCUUUUCUUUCCAUUAAGGACCUAACUAAGCAUUUAUCCGUCCAUGCUGAAGAAUGGCCCUUCAAAUGUGAAUUCUGUGUACAGCUUUUUAGGGAUAAAACAGGCUUGUCAGAACAUCGCUUUCUGCUUCACGGAGUAGGAAAUAUCUUUGCUUGCUCAGUCUGUAAAAAGGAAUUUGCUUUUUUGUGCAAUUUGCAACAGCAUCAGCGAGAUCUCCAUCCAGACAAAGUGUGCACACAUCAUGAGUUUGAAAGCGGGACUUUGAGACCCCAGAAUUUUACUGACCCCAGUAAGGCCAACAUAGAGCACAUGCAGAGCCUGUCGGAAGACUCUUUGGAACUUUCGAAAGAGGAGGAUGAAGAUGAAGAUCUAAAUGAUUCCUCCGAAGAGCUUUAUACUACUAUAAAAAUAAUGGCUUCUGGGGUAAAAUCUAAAGAUCCAGAUGUUCGUAUGGGCCUCAAUCAACACUACCCAAGCUUUAAACCACCUCCAUUUCAGUACCACCAUCGAAAUCCUAUGGGUAUUGGAGUUACCGCAACAAACUUCACUACCCACAAUAUUCCACAGACUUUUACUACUGCCAUCCGCUGCACAAAAUGUGGGAAAAGUGUGGAUAACAUGCCCGAGUUACACAAGCACAUAUUGGCCUGCGCAUCUGCCAGUGACAAAAAGCGAUACACGCCCAAAAAAAAUCCAGUACCACUGAAACAGACAGUGCAGCCUAAGAACGGCAUGGUUGUCAUAACUGGUCCUGGAAAGAAUGCCUUCAGACGAAUGGGUCAGCCAAAAAGACUGAAUUUCAACGUUGAGAUUAGCAAAAUGUCUUCAAAUAAACUAAAAAUAAGUGCAUUGAAAAAGAAAAACCAGCUUGUCCAGAAAGCUAUCUUGCAAAAAAAGAAAUCUGCCCAGCAGAAGGCAGAAUUGAAAAACAGUCUUUCUGAGUCAGACUCUCACAUCUGCCCCUACUGUAAUAGAGAGUUUACUUACAUUGGAAGUUUGAACAAACACGCGUCGUAUAGCUGUCCCAAAAAACCCAUCUCCCCAUCCUCCAAAAAAAAACCAUCCAAAAAAAGUGCAAGUUCAUCACCUGCAAACAGCGAAAAAGGCAGCAACCAGCGCAGACGAACAGCAGAUGCAGAAAUCAAAAUGCAAAGCAUGCAGCCUCACUUGGGCAAGACAAGAGCACGAACCUCAGGACCUGCACAAAUCCAGCUGCCCUCCGCAUCCUUCAAAUCAAGACAAAGCAUGAAAUUUGUACCUCCCAUUCGAUCAAAAAAGCCAAAUCCAUCUUCGUCAUUGAGGAACUCUAGUCCUGUGAGAGUGUCCAAAGUGACUCAUGUCGAUGGGAAAAAAACUAAAGUGGUAGGUAAGAACGGUUCCUCUGGCAUCUCAAGCAAAGCCACCCGAAAAUUGCACGUCAGAAUACAAAGGAGUAAUAAGGCUGUUUUGCCAAGUAAGUCUGCUGUGGCGAGUAAGAAAAAGGCAGACAGAUUCACUGUAAAAUCUAGAGAGAGGAUUGGAGGACCUAUUACACGAAGCUUACAGCAGGCGGCAAAUGCCGAGGCAGCAGAAAACAAAAAAGAUGAAAGCAGUACAAAGCAAGAAUUAAAAGAUUUCAGUUACAGACUCCGCAUGGCCUCUAGAUGUCCCUCCUCCUCUUCUAACACCAGCACCAGGCAAUGCAAGAAAUCCAGCUGCACUGCAUCCCCUUUCUUCAAGGAAUAGACCUCUGCAUGUCAGAGUGGAGCAGGUACAGCAUGCAGUGAUGCAUGGAGCUCACCUGUCUCGUGUUUCUCUGGGCAAGGAUUGCAAAGCACUUUACAAACCCAGAGCAUCGCUGCUCUCAUUGCGACCAGUCACCGGUAAAAGCAGGCAUGAAGGGCAAGAGCAAGGUGCCCUAUGUCAGAACCACGACCUCUGGUAAGGAUGGGGCUUUUGUCUCUAUUUGGAAGGAGUGCUGCUUGUAUCUGAGAGCAGUAGUGGGUAAAGUGCUUUGGGAUCUUUUAAGUUCGAUGGGUGAAUGCUGAACAAACCUUAGGCAAAAACCAAAACCACCCCUGGUUGGCUGCUCUGGUUGAAUGCCAAAGGCUCAAAGACCUGAAUGACAAUGCAAUUUGCAGAGCUGUGUUAACAAGUAGAAAUAUCAGUUGGUGUUGUGGCAAGAUGAACUGCUGUAACGUAUAUGGGCUUGGACAAAUUAAUGAGCUGGUCCAGUGUGAUGUGUGAUGCUGAGUUAUUUUCCCACUGGUUAACUUUGAAAAAGAUGCUUUGUCUUGUAUUCCAGCAGCAGCAUGCAGCCCAUCACCUGCUGUCCAUUGCUGUAAUAGCUAAGGGACUUCAUACUUAGCAGUGUGGAGCUGGAGUUGGCAAUGAGUGCCGGCAACAUCAGGACACUGUUAAAAUCUAUUCGAAAAAUAACACUUGGGGAAAACAUUAGGAAAAUUCUAAAGUUCACUACCUCCCCAAAAACGGAAAUUGUUGAUAAUGAAAUGUUAACAUCCCUAACUAAAAGAGGGGAUAUUUAGAUUGAUAUAAGGGAAAAGUUUUCUGCAAUAAGGGCGGUGAGGCACUGGCACACGUUGCCCAGAGAGGUGGUGCAGGCAGCCAAGGUCAGGCUGGAGGGGCUCUGAGCACUGAUGGAGUUGUGGGUGUCCCUGCUCAUUGCAGGGGAUGGACCAGGCGGCCUUUAGGGUCCCUUCCAACCCAAACCAUUCUGUGAUUCUAACUGUGGCUUAGACCAUUGAGUUCUGGGAAAGCCAAGCAGGAGUCAUAGCGUAGACAUCUCUGCUGUGCCUCAUUGCCUGGAAGCUGCUCUGACUGCUUGUCCCUAACAUGGACCCCGAUUAACCGCAGCUCUCUGUAUUUGCAGGUACUAGGAACAUUUGGCUGGAAAAGAGGAGAGGAGGUAAUCCUCCAGCAUUGUCUUCUGCUUUGUCCCAGCUGAGGUGAGGGCGGUUCCUCGGCAGACAGCAGGGCAGCGGUUCCUUCUGCUGUCACCUUGUUCUUCCUUCCAGAGGGAGAGGGACAGAGCGUGCUGGGACAGCAUGGAGGAAUGGGGAGAGCCGACAGCCGGUGGAACGGCAUGGAGAAAUGUUCAGACAAUUGCAGGCAGGUUACCUGUGUUCUGAGGGCUGCAGGGCUGGGGUGAGCGUCCUCUUCCUGGCUGAACACGGAGGGGUUUAACACACUAUGCAAUUAAAUGCUGAGAAGACUGUUA